AUGGCUUUCCAGUUCACUUACACAGAGAUCAGCAUACUCCCGAAACUCCUGGCGAAUAUGCAGAACGACAUCUCCCCAAUGACUAACCAGGCUGGCCCGGUUACGCAGACUCCUACCGAGCUCGAGAUGAUGUCUAUUGAUAUGUAUUACCCGACCCCCGUUGACAACAGUCGCGACAUGUCGUUUGAUCAUACAGAUUACUACGAUUCUGACCCGAUAUCAAUUGAUGAUGACCCAGAUUCCUGGAUCACCGAGGAACAGAAGGCUGGACUGGACGAGUUUGCCCACAUGCUCGAGGAUAUGGGCAUUGCACACAUGAAUUUCAACGCCUCUGUGCCUACUGCAGAUGACGAGGCAGGUUCCGGCACCUCUCCCAUCUCUGUAGAUGUACAGUCCCCCCUCUCUUCGGUUGAUUCCGAUUCCGAUGAUGAGCCCGAUGAGCCCGAGGAUCCCAAGCGUUGGCCUUCUAUCAACCCCUUCAGCGACGAGAUUUUGCUUGCAAAUGUGACUUUCUGCCAUGAGAAGGCGCCUUCAGAGGAGCUUGACAGCCUGAUCUUCUUUGCCAUGGAGUACGUCCGUUCCGUCCGUUUCCUCAAGGUGAAGAAGCGGUGGUCCAAGAUGCGCCGUGGGGCCUGGAUGCGGGAAGUCGACCUUCUCACCAAGGCAGUUACGAAGCGCAAGAGCAAGCUCCAGCUCUGGCGGCCACUUCACCAGACCCUUGUCCUGUACCAUUCGAACGUUGGAGAUGUCGCUAAAAACAGGCGUGUUUUGUUUAAGCGUUUUAUCAUGGCUCAUAUGGCGAAAGUGGCUCGUUUGCAGAUACAGGCCAACAAGGAGGCAGUGGAAGAAUUACUGGCACGUCGCAAGAUUAGGCUUUGGCAACCUUUUUGUACAUAUGUGCGCAAGGUAGUCGCUAAGGACUGUUCUAACCGUGGUAGCUUGUUGCUGGGCAAGGUUGCAGAGUUUCAAAACCUCACUGUCGCGAUGCCUCGCAAUUGGUUUUGGGUUGAUUAG